UCAAAAAGUGUUCUAUUCCGUUCGUAUCAAUUUAAAAAGAAAAUAAAAACUGUACAGCUGACAUCAAUACAACUUCAAUUUCUUGUUUGCUGCUGAAAAAAAGAUAUCUUAAAGCGAUUUUUUCGAGGAUAAACAACCUUCAAGAUGUCUAACGAAAAGGGAGAUGGUCCCAAGGAAGAAAAUAAUAGUAAAGUGGAGUUAAUUGUGGAUCAAAAGGCUACAACAGAAGUGACUACAGUAUUGGAGCCGUUGAAAAUACUGGGAGCCACCGAUGCGUCUGGCGAAAUGAAGUUUUUAAUCCAAUGGAAGGACACAGAUCGCGCCGAUUUGGUGGCAGCCAAGGUGGCCAAUGUGAAGUAUCCCCAAUUGGUUAUCAAAUUCUACGAGGAGCGCAUAUUCUUUCAGUCUGAUUAAGCAAAGAUCUUUUGAAUUGUUUAAAUAAUAGUUAAAACACAAUUAACAUUUGAAUAUUAAAGGAUUUUUGCAAGAGAAAAUAA